AUGGAGAAGAGCGUCCGUCAGAAGGGCGGCAUCGACAUCUCGGCAGGAGACGAGCGAGACUACCGCCAUGUGCGUCUGGAAAACGGCCUGUGCGUGCUUUUAGUGUCGGACAGCGAAGCGGAAAAGUCGGCAGCGGCGAUGGACGUGCGUGUGGGCCAUCAGAGCGACCCCGACAACCUGUUGGGGCUUGCCCACUUUCUUGAACACAUGCUGUUCAUGGGCACGAAGAAGUACCCCGACGAGAACUCGUACUCGCAGUUCCUAAGUGCCCACGGUGGCAGCUCGAAUGCGUACACGAGCGGCACGGACACCAACUACUACUUUGACGUUCGCCCGCCGUACUUUGAAGAAGCACUGGAUCGAUUCGCCCAGUUUUUCAUCGCCCCGCUCUUCACCCCUGGGGCAACAGAGCGCGAGAUGAACGCAGUCAACUCUGAGAACAACAAGAACCUCCAGAGCGACCCGUGGCGCGUCGACCAAAUCGUCAAGCACACAUCGAGUCGGCGCCAUCCGUUUCAUAAGUUUGGCACGGGGAAUCUCGUCACACUCGGAACAGCGCCCACCGAAGUGGUCCGCGCCGAGCUGCUUGCAUUCCAUGCAAAGUACUAUUCCGCCCGUAUCAUGAAGCUUGCGAUUGUUGGAAAAGAAGAUUUAGACACGCUGGAAGAGUGGGCCCGGUCCAAGUUCAGCGAGAUUCUCGACACGGGCGACAAGACGUUCCACUACGAAGGCGUCCCGUUCGAAGGGCCGCAGCUUCAGCGGCGAGUAAAUGUCGUGCCGGUCAAGGAUCACCGGUCGAUCGAAGUGUCGUGGCCGUUGCCAUCACUGCGGUCGUCUUACCUCCAAAAGCCCACGAGCUUAAUCUCUCACUUGCUUGGCCACGAAGGCUCUGGGUCGCUGCUAUCUCUCUUGAAGCGCCAGAAAUGGGUCAAUGAGCUGUCGGCGGGGCUCAUGAAGGAGUACGACGACUGGAGUUUGUUUUGCGUCGAGGUCGAGGCGACGGAAGUCGGGAUGGCGCAUGUCGAUGAGAUCGUGGACUCGAUUUAUCAGUAUUUGCAUCUCUUGCAAACCGACGGGAUUGCGCCAUGGGUGUUUGAAGAGACCCAGAGCAUCGCGCUCAUGAACUUUCGAUUCCGUUCCAAGGAAACGCCAAUGAACUACGCGACGGCCCUCGCGACGCGGAUGCAGCUGUACCCCGUACAGCACAUCGUGGCCGGAAGCUCGCUCCUGUACGAGUACGACCCCAUUCAAGUCAAGUCGAUUUUUUCGCUCUUGACGCCCGACCGCAUGCGCUUGCUCGUGGUCGGCAAGGAGUUUGAGGGCACGACGACAGACGUCGAGCCGUGGUAUGAGACGGCGUACUCAGACACGCCGAUCGAACCCAGUUUGAUUGAGCGAUGGUCCAACCCGGCGCGAUCUGCCGCACUCUUCUGCCCCCACCCGAACGCAUUCAUCCCACACAACUUUGACCUGGUCGCGACGGCCACCCCCGGCGCCGUCCCGAUUCUUUUGCGGGACGAUGCAGCGGCGCGGCUGUGGGUCAAAACCGACACCACGUUUUUCAAACCCAAGCUCAACAUUUGUCUCGCCUUCCACUCGCCCGUCAUUUACAACAGCCCAACAUCCGUUGUCCUCACGGACCUCCUCGUCCGCGCCAUCAAGGAUCAGUUGACCGAGUUCACGUACGACGCCGAGCUGGCCGGCAUGCGAUACUCUUUGAGCUUUACCACGACGGCGGUGGAGCUGUACGGCGGCGGCUACAGCGACAAGCUCCCUGUCCUGUUCGACUUGAUUCUCAAGCAAAUCGUGCAGUUUGACGUGGACAACGAGACGUUUGGGCGACUGCAGGACAAGACGAAACGCAGCUACGACAACUUUGAGCGCGACGACCCGUACAAACACGCGCUCUACUUUAGCUCGUGUCUGCUGGAAGACACCAAGUGGACCGUCACGGAAAAGGCUGCCGCGAUCGCCCACGUCACUCGCGCCGAUCUCGUCCACCACGCAGCCGCGCUCUUCCGCGAGCUCUUUGUCGAAGCGUACUACCAUGGUAACGUGGAUGCCGCCACGACGACGGCGCUCCUGGAUAACGUGCUGGCAACCGUCCAGGCAAGGCCCGUGAUUCCAUCGCAGCGAGUCAAGACCCGCGCGAUCAAACUGGCAUCGCCUGCCGAGUACGUGUAUGCGAUUCCCGAACUGAACGCCGAGAGCGUCAACAGCGGAAUCUAUACUGUGUUCCAGCUUGGCCCAGAAUCCAUUCACUUGCGCGCGACGAACGAAGUGUUUGCCCAACUCGUGCGUGAACCGUGCUUCAACCAACUGCGCACGCAGGAGCAGCUCGGCUACAUUGUCUUUAGCAGCUCCCACCGCGCGCACGGGAUCGAGUACUUUCGGAUCAUUGUGCAGUCGGACGUGGCGUCGCCAGCGUACGUCGAGCGCAGCAUCGAAGCGUUCUUGAAGCUCGUGCGGCGCGACAUUGCGGCACUCUCCCAUGACGAGUUUCAGAAAAACCUCCAAGCCGUCGUCGACGCGCUCUUGGACAAGCCCAAGGCGGCAUCGGAAGAAUGCUCUCGUUUUUGGAGCGAAAUUUCAGCUGAAACCAUUGCGGCUGUGUUUCAACAAAAGACAGUUACGUUCGAAAAGCGGGUCAUGACGUACUUGGCUUUGCUUCAUCCAUUCUUGUACCGGAAGUUCGGUAAGGGCAACCAAGGAAUUCAGCACCAAGUUCGCGGCAUCAAUCCAAGCAAGAAGCCGGCACACGGAGUCUUACCUGUGAGCAUCUCCGCGAAAAUGACCGCGUUGCAUCUGACCGUGCAAUCGUCGAAAAACUUUUUGGCCGCCUCAAGACGCUUUGGGCCGUGUGCAGCGACACCUACCGCUGGAAUUGUAAAAAAUACGACAUGCUUGUCCAAACCUGUGUCGCGCUGA